AAGUGCUCCAUUAUUCAUAGUCGCAGUUUGCAUACAUUCUGCAUCCGUGCCCGCUAAAAAUACCCUCGUGUCGCACUGGUAAUGGAGAGAGAGUGCGGGAGGGCGAGCGGAGUGGAGCAGCGGUUGCAUAAUACAGAUAAAGACUCCUAAUGUAAGCGUCUGAAGCUAACUUUGGCAGAGUCGCACGCAGCCACACUCUUAAGCUUCAUCUAUGAGUCAGGCAGUUCGUCCCUACUAGGCUCUCCCUCAAUUUUCUAUCCCUAACUGGGCAGAGUGCAUGGCCGGGGCUCAGCUUGGCCGCGUACAUUUAGUUUUUACGUUAUGUUGGACACGUCUGCCCCGGGAGGCUGAGGGAGAGGCAGGCCGAGGGGAUGGGGAUGUUGCCGUCGGCCACUGCAUCCUCUCCUCUCCUCGUUCUCCUCCAGCAUUUGGGUGACGCGUCAGUGCCUCGCCGCCCGCCAGCACGCACGGGGCACACACCCUCUCAUUAGCCACUCAUUACCUCGCAUAAUUACCUACAUUUAAUGACUUGACGGUGUUUACGGUGGACGUCAUGUGUGUCUGUGGUGCCCCGAGUGUUGAGUGACGUGGCGGUGAGCGCGGCAUGGGUCGGGCGUGAGUCUGAGGCACUAACGUCACCAUGGCCCCCGUCGUAGCGGUGAUCUUCGUGUUAUUUCUCCUUCCGCGGGACUUAGACGCGAGCGAGAGUCGGUGGUGUUACGAGUGCGGGACGGGCGUGGCGGGGCAACCAGACUGCGAGGAGUUUGCCCAAGCCUCGUCGUGGAUGACCUUCUGGCGGGAGUGCCCCAAGGAGUCCAUAUGCGUCCAGAUCCUGCCGGCCUGGCCAUCGGAGCGGAACGCUCUAGACACGGUACGAGGGUGCACUCCGCGGGCCAGUCAUAGGGGCGUGGUGCAUCGGGAAGGCUGCUGGACACACCCUUCAGCCGCAGAGACCAUCACCUGCUUCUGCGACAGUGACCUCUGCAAUGCCGCCCUCGCCGCAGCCCCGCUACUGUCCCUCCUUCAGUCUCUCCUCGCUGCUUGCUGUGUCUUCUUCUUCAUGAGGUGACACGCGACAUCAAUGUAGUUACUGGCUUAGGUCAGUAUAAUGCUUCCGCCUCCCACAUCCACUAUCUCCAAAGGCCAAAAAGUGGAUCAGUCGGGUUCUAGUGAGUGGAUGGUACAGAAGAUGGGUCAUACUACCACCAGGGUCAUAAAACUACCCCUGGAAAUGGGCAAAACUCCUACGAAAGCCUUGUCAAAUAUGUGAACUUGGGCGCCGAAAUGUAUUUAAGAAUAUGGCCCAUAGUUUUUAGGUGUGUUAGGUGGGGGAAAAUGGUGUUCUGGUUACCUGAUUAGUCACGUGUGUUUUGUGUGUGAGUGUGUGUGUGUGUGUGUGUGUGUGUGUGUGUGUGUGUGUGUGUGUGUGUGUGUGUGUGUGUGUGUGUGUGUGUUGUCAAGGUUCUGGGUUUUGUUUGUUGUGUGGACGUGUUUGGGAAUGUGUGUAGUGCUAAAGAGAAGAGAAGAGAAGAGAAGAGAGAGAGAGAGAGAGAGAGAGAGAGAGAGAGAAUGAUACCUUAAUUGGAAGAUGUUUCAGGAUCUAGACUAAACUGUUUUGUGACUGUGUGUGUGUGUGUGUGUGUGUGUGUGUGGACGCAGAUAUUAUAGUGCUUAUUUUCUUACACGUUCUCUACGCAAACGGAUCGAGGGAACCAUAUCUAUAUUUGCUACAUUUAUAUAUAGAGAGAAUAAUAUUUAUUUACAUAUACGUAUAUCUACACCAGUUACUAUGCAAAAAAUAAAGUUACGCAUAAAACGCAAAUAUACAACAGAACCAAAUACAUGGAACACUCGCUCCAUAUUUCUCCCUUUUCACACACACGCGUUCUGGUUGUUGUGUUCAUAAAAAAGGAAAUACAGUUGCUGAUUUGGACAUUCUAGUCAAUAAAGUCUAUAUAUAUCC